AAUUCAGCGAUGACGACGAAGAAUAUACCGGAAUUGGAACAGAUUUGAUUGAGGACGAAGGCCAACAAUUACCAAGUUUUCCUGACUUAGAACAACAGAUCUGGCAGACGAUCGAGGAAUUUGACGCUCAUGAUCUCGAUCAUGCAUUUGAAGAUUGUAGUUACGAAGAAGAAUCUUUAAGAAGACAACGGCCCGAUGUAUUCGAGUUAGUAUUAAGAAAAUGGUAUGAUGUAGCACCAUCAAUGGAAUUUCGUUGUUUUGUAAGAAAUGAAGAAUUAGUUGUCACAGGCCCACCAAUAUUUCGUAUAAUAACUUCACAAUCGCAAGCAAAUCAGUCACGUAGUCAGCCAUUUGCGACUAACAGACUUCCGCGAGAAGUUUUCGACUUUUCGCAAGGUCAAACUGUUGUAGAAUUUGCUGAACGAUUUCAAAGGGAAUUGAUGAUCAAAGACGAUA